AUGGCCAUCGGCGUUGCCAAGAUGACGCGGCAGCAGUCCGCCGCGGAAAAGGCAUUGUACGACCAAACCGACCUGCUGCCGAAAAAGAAGCUCGUCAUUGUCUUUGCGACCCUCGCCCUGACGCUGCUGAUCACGUUUAUCGACCAGAACGGCAUCAGUGUCACCCUCCCGACCAUUGCCCGCGACCUCGACGCCCAAAACACCAUUUCUUGGGCCGGCACUGCGUCUCUGAUCGCCAACACCACCUUCCAGAUGCUCUACGGCCGCCUGUCCGACAUUUUUGGCCGCAAGCGCGUGUACCUGGCCGCCGUCGGCUGCCUGGCACUCGCCGACUUGCUGUGCGGCCUCUCGCGCAACGGACCCAUGCUGUAUGUGUUUCGGGGCGUGGCCGGCAUUGGCGGCGGCGGCGUGACGAACCUCAGCAUGAUUAUCGUGUCGGACGUUGUGUCCCUCGAGCAGCGCGGCUUCUACCAGGGCAUCAUUGGUGCGUGUGUCGGCCUCGGCAACUUGGCGGGUCCGUUCUUGGCGGCCGGCCUCACGGCCCGGACGACGUGGCGCGCCUUUUUUUACCUGCUGGCACCACUGGGCGUGGUCGUCGGGUGCGUGGCGGCGUACAUGCUGCCGUCCAACCCGCCCCAGGGCGGCCUGCGCGAGAACGCGCGCAAGAUUGACUACUGGGGCCUGUUGUCGGCGUCGGCGGCCGUGAUCCUCGUGCUGAUCCCCGUGAGCGGCGGCGGUUCGUACUUCCGGUGGGACUCGCCCAUGGUGAUUAGCAUGCUGGUGAUUGGGGCGCUGCUGUUUGUGUUUUUUAUUGUCGUGGAGCUGCGCAUCGCUCAGCUGCCCAUGAUGCCAAUGCAAAUCUUCAAGAGCCAUGUCAUCACGGUGCUCAUGGUCCAGAGCUUUCUGCUGGGUGCCGUGUACCAGAUCUCGCUCUACUACUUGCCGCUGUUUCUCCAAAACGCACGGGGCUACACCAUUAUCGAAUCGGCCGCGUUCGUGUCCGCCAUGGUCCUGGUGCAGUCGUCGUGCUCCAUCCUGUCGGGCCAGUACCUGUCGCGCAUCAAACGCUACGGCGAAGUCAUCUGGUGCGGCUUUGCUUGCUGGACGCUCGGCGCCGGCCUCAUGCUCCUCAACACACGCACCACCAGUGUUGCCGCCAUCGUCGUGCCGCUCAUGCUGGUGGGCGCCGGCCUCGGCAUGACCCUCCAGCCCACGCUCGUCGCCCUCCAGGCCCACACCACCAAGGCCCGCCGCGCCGUCAUCAUCUCGGUGCGCAACUUUUUUCGCGCCACCGGCGGCGCCGUCGGUCUGGCCGUGGCGGCGGCCGUCCUGCAGGCGGCCCUGCGGGCGCACCUGCCCGUCGAGUACGCCUAUCUGGCCAACAACGCCUUUUACCUGCCCACCAGCUUCGCGAGCACCGCCGCGCGGGAGGCGGUCCUGGACGCCUACAUGGCCGCCAGCCAUGCCGUCUUCCUGCUGCAGGUGCCCCUCAUCGGCCUCUGUUUGCUGGUGUGCAUCUUUGUCAAAGACAAAGGUCUGGAGCCCACGGACGUGCGCGAGGCCAAGAAGAAGGCGGCGCAAGAGGGUGCGACGGGGAGCGACGCCCACGGUGGAGUGGUCCCGGUGCCGGUCGCGACAAGAGACGGCAGUGCCAGUGCCGAUCUCGAAGCCAACGAGGCCGACUCGGACGAGACGCCACCGUCCGGCGAAGACAGCGAUCGGGCUGCUGGCCACGAUCGGCCGGGCAGCGAGAAGAGAAGCCUGCACGACGGGUCUGUACAACAAUCAGUAUCCAAGGGCGAAACGUCGUGA